UAAAAGUAACUAAAUCGGGCUGUCAAAAAAACAAAAGUCACCAACAGUUCUAAACCGAAACCGCUUUUUUUCCUUCAAUCUCUGCGAGUUAUUAAUUGUGGAACCAAUGGCUGGUAAAAGACGUCGUCCUAGUACAACCGAGGCCAGUGUCACCAAACCCAAGCGCGCAAAAUUCACUUUAGACAGCGUCAAAUUACCGGAGACAACUCGUGAAGGGGUCCUUCUUGUCACUGGAUCCGGCGAUUGUGGCCAACUUGGUCUUGGACCGGAUGUUUUGGAAAAAAGUAGGCCCGCUUUAGUGGAAACAAGUCAUGAAAUUGUUGAUAUUUGCGCUGGUGGCAUGCAUACUGUUUGCUUGACCAAAGAAGGCAAAAUACUAACGUUUGGUUGUAAUGACGAGGGGGCACUUGGACGUAUUACUGAAGGAAAAGAGGAUGCGGAGUCAACCCCUGGCGAGGUUGAGUUACCUGGAAAAGUUAUCCAGAUUUCGGCGGGGGAUUCCCACUCUGCUGCCUUACUAGACGAUGGGAGAGUGUUUGCAUGGGGGACAUUUCGAGAUUCACAUGGUAAUAUGGGCUUGACUUUGAAAGGAAACGAAAAGUUGCCCUAUGAAAUAAUCCAGGAGGUGCAUGUUAUUAAGAUAGCCUCAGGGGCCGAUCACAUUGUUUUUUUAACAAACCAUGGGGAAGUUUAUACUUGUGGACGUGCUGAACAGGGACAGUUGGGGAGGACAAGUGAGAGAGGUAGCAGUAGGAAUGCAAGAAGCGGAAUGGGUAAGGGACAAAUAGCGAAAUUACUAGAACCCACUAUCAUCAGUCUAAAACCCAGUUUAAAAUUACAUUUUGACAAUAUAUGGACCGGUACUUAUGGCACAUUUGCCAAAGUGGCGGGUAAAAAUGACAUUUAUGUUUUCGGGCUUAACAAUUAUAACCAAUUAGGUUUAAAAACCUUAGCGCCUCAGUAUUUACCAAAACUUUCCAAGGAAUUUUCCAAAUACAACUGGAAUAUGAUUUCUUCAGCCGAGCACCACACUAUAGCUUUAGCUGAAAAUGGAAAAACUUACGCCAUUGGGAGGAAGGAAUACGGACGUUUGGGACUAGGAAAAGACUGUGAAGACGCGACUGAAUUAACCGAAAUCCCAGUCUUAAAAGACAAUAAUGUUGUUUAUGUGGCUUGUGGGUCUUCAACUUCUUUCGCUGUCACAGAUAAAGGAGAACUUUUUGGUUGGGGUAUGGGUACCAAUGGCCAAUUGGGUAACGGCGAAGAAGAUGAUUGUUUUGAACCCACUUUGGUAAAAAGCAAACAACUAAAAGACAGGACUGUUUUUAAAGUCAGUUCAGGAGGCCAACACACUGUCAUUUUAGCCACAAAUUCGAAUAAUAAUAAAGGUGACUCCUAACAAUUGUUACUGUUACUCUUCAAACUUUUUUUCUUAAAUACUUUUCAAUUUAUCAGUCGGCAACAAUCAUUUUGUAUUGAAGUAUUUUGUGUGUAAUUUGUGUAUAGUACAGUUGGACAUAUUUUAUUUGAUUGAGCUGUUGGGGAAUCGAAUACCGUUUAUUGUACAGGGUGACACACAUAAUACGCAUAAUUUUAAGGGAUAGGUUAUGCUAAAAAACUAAUAGUGAAAAAAAAAAUCUAAUAAAAGUACUUUUACUUUUAGGCUGAAAUAAAGCAAUUUGUGAUAUUUUCAAGCGGCUUGGCUUAAUUUUAAGCAGGAAAUCAACCUGAAUCAAAGUAUUUUAACAAACAAAAUAACUGCUUUAAAAAUUUUCUUCCAAAAUAAAACAAUUUAAUUAUUUUCAAACUAAUUUAGCUCGAUUUUAGUACAGAAUUAAUUCUAAAUUAACGUAUUUUAUAAAAAUAAUUUCUUCAAUGUCAAUUGUAGUACUUUUUUUUCACUUUUUUUAAUCCUUCCGAUGGUACUUUUUACCAGCCGCUUAAUUCAUAAUUUUCCUACCAUUUUCCACGUGAUUCUGGCUUUCUCCACUUCACUUGAAGGCUGCAUUGCACAAGUUGGUAUAAAUUUAAUGACAUUGAUAGAAAUAUUUUUGAUAGGUAUUGUGAAAUUGAUAAUUGACAACUAGAACCGAAUUUUCAUUUGGAAAAAUUUCAUUUCCGUUUUUUUUUAACCCUAUUAGAAACACUAUUAGAUUUUAAAAUUUUAGAUAAUUUGCGCUGAUGACACCAAUGUCAACAUUACAUUUGUUCACGCAAUGCCUGUCAAUAGUUAAAUGAAUCAAUUUUCUUUAUUUUGGUGGGGUUAAGUGGUAUUUGUUAUUGAUAUUCGACAAAAAUAAAAAAGUUUUAUUCAAUUUUUUUUUAUUAUUAUUGAGCAUAACCUUUCAUUGCCUAAAUUUAUGCGUAUGAGUUAAGAUUCACCCUGUAUAUAAGUUGUAAUUGUUCACUGCCGUUGUUUUAUGUUCGUAAUAUUCGUUUGGUCAAACAGAAAGUGAAAAUGUUGUUAUUGAGUAGCGAAGCAAUUAUAUUUUGAAACUUU